CUUUCCCUCUAUCUCUCCCUCCCUCUCUCUCUCUCCCUCCCUCUCCGCCGGGCCGCUGGCUGAUUGAGCCAGCAGGUUCUCUCUCUCUCUCUCCGCUGUGACCCCUCAUGGCUCUCUGCUCUGCGGACACAUUUCUCAGGACAUUUGCUGUCCGACGCUGGUAGAUUUAUUUAUUUUCCUUUCGGGGGCCAAUAUGCGGAUCUCCAGCGGUCUUUUUGCUCUCGGGAGGCUUCGUGGAUCCGUGGCUGGCGGCGAGAGGAGGCGGCUGGGAUAACUAACCGGACCGGGUGCUAUGGUGGGACCUCCUGGAGGGGCAAGAGUUUGGCUUUCCCAAAAAAUCAGCAGUUUCAGCUCAGCCAUGGAUCCAACCAGGAGUGUAGUGUUCUGAACCCACCCAGGUGACCUUGGUGGGCCGCGUUACCCAUAAUCGACCACUGGCGUCACCAUCCCCGUCUGCAUACACAGCAACACAACCCCCCCCCCCCACGCGAAGCAAACAUGUCGGACAGAGGGAACAUGAGCACGCUGAAAGUAAACGCCGCAGCUCCGGUGCUGCCCCCCGAGCCCAUCGACAUCAUCCGCAUCAAGGCCCGCUCUCGCCGGGUCAGGCUCAAUGUCGGGGGUCUCACGCAUGAGGUCCUGUGGAGAACACUGGACCGGCUGCCCAGAACCCGCCUGGGACGGCUAAGGGACUGCAACACCCACGAAUCGCUCCUGGAGAUCUGCGAUGACUACACCCUCCCUGACAACGAAUACUUCUUCGACCGCCACCCGGUGGCCUUCUCCUCCAUCCUCAACUUCUACCGAACGGGGAAGCUGCACAUGAUGGAGGAGAUGUGUGCCCUGUCCUUCGGCCAGGAGCUGGACUACUGGGGCAUCGAUGAGAUCUACCUGGAGUCGUGCUGCCAGGCGAGGUACCACCAGAAGAAGGAGCAGAUGAACGAGGAGCUGAGGAGGGAGGCGGAGACGCUGAGGGAGAAGGACGGGGUGGAGGAGGAACACGGCUGCUGUCCCGACAAGAGACAGAAGCUCUGGGACCUGCUAGAGAAACCCGGCUCGUCUGUGGCCGCAAAGGUCCUGGCUAUGAUCUCCAUCCUGUUCAUCAUCAUCUCCACCAUCUCGCUGUCCCUGAACACCCUGCCUGAGCUGCAGGUUGUCGAUGAGUUUGGCCAGUUCAAUGACAACCCCAGCUUAGCCCAUGUGGAAGCUGUCUGCAUUGCCUGGUUCACCAUGGAGUACAUACUACGCCUGCUCUCAGCACCUGACAAGUGGGAUUUCAUCAAAGCGCCACUGAAUAUCAUUGAUUUGCUGGCUAUCCUGCCUUACUACGUGACCCUCUGUCUAACCGAGUCGAACAAGAAUGUUAUGCAGUUCCAAAAUGUGCGCCGUGUAGUCCAGAUAUUCAGAAUUAUGAGAAUCCUUAGAAUCUUGAAGCUGGCCAGGCACUCAACAGGGCUCCAAUCUUUGGGCUUCACUUUGCGAAGAAGCUAUAACGAGUUGGGCUUACUGAUCCUUUUCUUAGCCAUGGGCAUUAUGAUCUUCUCCAGCUUGGUGUUCUUUGCUGAGAAGGACGAGGACGCAACCAAAUUCACGAGUAUUCCUGCCUCUUUCUGGUGGGCUACCAUUACUAUGACCACUGUCGGUUAUGGAGACAUCUACCCACAAACGCUCUUGGGCAAGAUUGUCGGAGGACUGUGCUGCAUAGCAGGUGUGUUGGUCAUUGCCCUUCCCAUCCCAAUCAUUGUCAACAACUUCUCUGAGUUCUACCGAGAGCAGAAGAGGCAGGAGAAGGCCAUCAAGAGGAGGGAAGCUCUUGAAAGAGCAAAACGAAGUGGAAGCAUUAUUUCCAUUAACCUAAAGGAUGCGUUUGCACGCAGUAUGGAACUUACAGAUGUGUUGGUGGAAAAGAAAGAAGAUGGUAAGUGUCCUUUGGACAAUAACCUGUCCCCCAGCCGCUGGAGCUAUCACAAACACUACUCCAACACGGAAGCGGGUAGCCCCGGCAGGUCCCAACAUUCUCACUACCGGGAGGUGGCUCAGCUUGGCUCCCCCGAACGACUCAAGCCUUUGUCUAACAAAACCACCCUUCAAAACCUCAGUGCGAAACAGCUGGAAGACGUUUACAAUAAGACAGCAGCCAUCCAGGAGCAGCAGGAAAAAGAUGUCGCUGAUCAGUUGGAGAUGAAAACAUUGACUUCCAUUCAAGCACAAAAAACGUCCGCUGAAGACAGCACGGCCAAGAAAUGCUCCAAAGUGGCUGAUGAUUUUACAAAGGAGAGAGGAGAGAGAAGCUCUUUGCUCCCGACUGCCGAAGGAGGUGAAACUUUUGUUCGAUACCAGCGCCUCCCCCCUCCCUUGGAUCUAAGUCAGAUUAGCACCAUGGAGGUAAACAGGGUCGCUGACAGCAUCCAGCCAAUGGCCAUUAUUAAAGAGGGCUUGUAUGAGUUUGUGUCCUCUCCUAAAGGAAAUGCGACUGGAGAUGUGGGUUCGGUGCAACAGAACGUUGAAGGCUUUGGGGUGACCAACGACAGCAUCUGCAGCUCCAAGCAAGAUCAUGGUCACCCUCAAAAGCCCAGAAACCUAAAGGUUGACUUCAUUGGAUCCCAAGACGAUGUUCUAAUGGCGGUGAUGACACCCGUAGCAACGCCAGGCUCCGCUGGCUCGGCCAAGCUUGCUCAACUACUUUUCGAAGACAUCGUGCCCAGGUUUUCUCCUUCUCCAAGCUCAGUUGGCCGGGAAGCUAAGUCUCCGCUGGCAAUCCUGCAAUCUCCAUUUCUGGCCCAGCAAUCUGUCAGUCCAAGUCCCUACUCCCAGGGGGGAGGCGAGGGCUCAUCACCCAGGAGCUUAACAGGUGAAGGGCAGCUCACAGGCUUAAGCCACAAGGGUAAGAAUCACAUGGAAAAGUCUUCGGUCGGCUCAGGUAGCAGCGCCAGCCCACUGACGUCCAAAGUCAGCCCACUCAACUGCACCCAAGAGCUAGUAACUAUGGAAGAAGGAGAGGAAGGAGAAGGAACCCAAGGGGGAGCGGAACAGAGUGGGGAGAAACAAGAAAACCACGUUGUCUCCGACAGGAGCGGAACUCCACCGUGUGAGACGAGUAUGUGAGCAGGAGAAGAUCUCACAGACGGAGAAGCCAAACGGAUGAGUUGAGGAUGGAUGGCAGCAAAUACCCAGAAAGACCACAAAGAAUAUGGCCCAGUGUGGGCUCCGUACCGGUUGACAACGAGAAUGUGGAAGCAGUUUUUCUGGAGCGAUGUCAAAUCCAAGAAAACUUUUGUGCUCUCGUCUCUUUUUGGACAAGCGCUGGGUCCAGAAUGGGACACCCCUGUAGUGUUGUUAUUAUCACAGUGAGGGGAAGUCAACAGCACAUGCCCACUGUCUGCCGAUCUGAAAGACAGCGUCUCACGUCGGGUUCGACAUCGACUUCUUCUUUGUAGACAAGACUGCAUUGCAAAACAGUGGCAACUGAUAAAUCUUAUAGGGCUCAGAUGUGAGCAUAAACAAAGCCUUGUGUGAAUGACGAUGUUGACGACUAUCCUAAGAGAGUUUUUGAGUUCAGCUCGACAGUUUCCAUUUGCUUGCUAUUUAGGCCUAUUUUCGAUGAUGGACUAUUAAGACCUAGGAAAGGCAGAAGGUGGAAGAAAGUUUUUUACUAUUGUAUUAGCAAAAUGUAUCCCAGAAAAAAUGGUUCUCAAUUUGUUGGUGUGGCUUAGUCACCAUUCUCUCAAUCAAGGUAUUACUUUGUUGUAAUGAUAGGGAAUACAAUAAGGAUGCAAAGGCUACCUUAUAUAGAGCUAGACAACUGUUUGCACACAUCACUAGAAAAAAAAAAGAAAAUUCUGAAAAAAAGAAACAGCGUAGGAAACUGACCUAUAUAUAUAAUAGCAGGCAGGUGAAACGUGCAGAAACAAGACAACGAGGAAAGCGCACAAGGACAGGGGACAAGUUGAAGUCCCAGCUCAUCUGUUUUAGUCUCUGUGAGACUGCUGUCUUAUUAAAGGAUAAUUCAGGUUCAUUACAACUUGGGUCUAGUUUUGACCAUAAUUUCCAACGAUAAUAACACUACACUUGCCAUUUUAAUUGUUGAGCUCUAGGAACACGUUCACGUAAAUAAAAACACCAUCCGGUCACAUGAGCAGUCAAACUGUCAGACAAGGGUUCUGAACCCUUCACUGUGUGCACACAGUUCUCAGGCACAGUAAAGGAUUAUUAGCUUAAUUAAAGGUACUUUUGCUUUUAGUUUUACCUCCAAAUAAAGUGGGUAAGCUAAUGUGGAACUGGUGGUUUGUUUCUAACCUGUCUGAUCAUCUUACUGUGUUUUUUCUGAAUUGUGAAGAUCGGUUCCAGGUCCCAUAACCAUUAACUUGGUGAGUAUGUUAUAAUAACCAGUAGGAACGAUGGGGGAAAACUACCGAAGUGGCAUCGUUGCAAAGGCUACACCUUUGGAACCCACUGAGGGAGGUGGAGCCUGAAUGGAAGUGACUCCCCCCGCAGUUUCUCUUGCUCUUCCCAUUAUAUAUUUACAUAUGAUGACUGAGAGGAGAGGGUCCUGAAUGGCUGCUGAUUGUAUCGAGCAGGUGGUGUGAGAGUGCCCUCUACAGGCACUUGAACGAAAGGCCUGUUUGCCUCUUCAGCACUCUUGUAAUCUUGUUAAUGGAUAUAUUUGUAUUAGUUCAGUUGUGCAAUAAUAUGAAUGAAUGCUGAUUUGUUAAACACACAUUUAAUUGUGUGCACAAUGUAUCGCACACAGUGAAGAGACCAGUGAUAAGAAUUGGUGAAAAAUGAAUUCUAACUAUUUUCCCAAAGAAUUGUUACUCUUUGUAGAUCAAUAUGUAAUAUUUUUUGUCUCGAGUUAAAACAAAGGAAUUGCACUUUUAUAAGAAAAACUUGGAGCUGUGUAUUGUUAACAUCUCAGUUUAUUUUUUAAAAGGGUGCCUUUUCAUAAAAAGACCAUUUAUGAGAAGAUGACAAAAGAAAUUUACAAUAUGGCCAGAUUUUUUUUGUUCUUAUUUUCUCUCGUUUGUCUCCGUUUAGCUAAUGUGUUAAUAUGUGAACCCUCUGGUUGUCAGGUUUUGCAGACCUGUAUUGCAUUGUGCUCCCUAAUCAUCUAGUGCAUCUAAUGCAACAUAGCUUACAGUUCUAACCUCACUGUGCCACAACGUCAUUUAUUUUAGCAAAAUGAAUGUUUGUGGAAAGCAGUGGCUUCGGUUAUGCUCAGUAGGGACUUCAGCAGGGAUCAUUUUGGUGCUGUAUUACUGUACAUACUGCAGCACUGUACAAAAUGGACACAGGCAGAUCUGUAGGUGUUGGGUACCCACAACAAAGAAAGUGCACCCCCCAACAUGUGGAAAUGAUACAAUAGGGACAUUUGUAGACCACAUCGGCUUCCGUGCAGUAGCUUUAGAGAUGCACUGGGAGGUAAAUAUUUCUUUAUAGACCGGUUGUUGGGGAGUGCUAAUUCUUAAUUGUGUCCACACUAUUUCGUGGGAGUCAAUAUCCCACGCAGGUGAGUCGAGACUGUUGUUUAGAUAAGAGUGCUUCGCUCACACGUUACCCUCACCAGAAAAUGAACCAGAAAAUAAGCUUCCAAAGUUCUUCCAUAUGGUCUUGCCAUUUUGUUAUAUGGAUGUAGCUCUGAGAGACGGAAACAUGCAGAUCAGGGGACGUGGAGGCGGAGACCUGCGUGUCAAACUGUUCAUAGAGAGCGGCCAUUAUGAAUCCGUUCGGCACGUCAAAGGAUUAUUUUAGCACAAUAUGUCUACCAGGGAAGCAGUUCACUCUUACCAAACCAAUGUUAGCUAUGUGUUAGCAAGUUACUGCAGUCAGCUGAGGCAUCUUUCUGAUGUAACGUUAUCCACUAGAACACAAGUUACAUUCUGUCAAAAUGUUUUAGCUUCACUCACAGAAAUGUUCAUUUGGACAAAAUGCUUUAUGUGCAUGUACAGUCAAGCAUACUGAGUCUCAGGAUCCAAAAAUCUCCCAUUCUUCCUGUUGAUGCCUAAUGUCUUAUUGCCCGUGUCUUCUCUGGUUUCAGAAGCUUGUACACGUUUCGAUCUGGGUUCUUCCCUCUGUUGGUAGUGAUCCCACCACACAGCAGCUUUCAGGCAAACCAACUGAGGAACGUGACAAGAAGGCCCUGUCACAAUAUAAGGUUAAUAGGGAGCAAGAGGUUGUAUGGUUUCAGUUGGGUUGUGUGUCUGUGAACACUGCUGCUGCUCUCCUUUGUACAACCUCAUCUCAAAUCAUCCCAGAAAAUGUGUUUAUGUUUGUUGUUACAUAAAAAACAAAUCUUCUCUUUGCCUCUCUGGCCUGCUCUCUUUCCCUUCUUUUUUCUUUAAUGUUCUACUCUUCCGCCAUCCUCAUGUACUUGUUUUGUUUAACAGUAGGCUGUGUGCUGAUUAGUCAGUUGCAUUACUUGUAUGACAACAUAAGGAUAGUGAAUGAUAAGGACUUUUGUUUCAUCUACCAAUAUGCAAGACAAAUAAAUGUGUUCAUGUGACCUA